CAGCACAUUAUAUACGUACAUCACAGAAGAGAAAAUAUCACAAAACUAUACUAACCGAAAUUAACAAAGUAACAUGAGUUCGUGUUGCUUAGAGAAAGAGAACCAUGUGGUGGAAACUGCCACCCCACAAAGAGAAGACACUGAUAUUAUCCUGGAUGCCAUGGUGCUCGGUUCCAAUGUGGUCUUUCCUGCCGCUCUCAACGCUGCAAUUGAGCUCAAAGUGUUUGAGAUCAUUGGGAAGGAAAGCUCAGAAGAGAGUGGUGGAUUCAUGUCACCCCAUGAAAUUGCUUCCAAGUUGUUAUUACCAACACAACAACACCACUCUGACUUGCCAAAUAGGCUUGAGCGUUUGUUGCUCUUGCUUGCUAGCUACUCUCUUCUCACUGUUUCCACUCGCACCGAUGAGAAUGGUAGCGCCGUGAGAGUUUAUGCGGUCUCACCAUCGGGUAAAUAUUUCGUCUAUGAUAAAAAUGGUGGUGGCUAUCUUGCUUCAUUCACAUCAUUUCUGUGUCACCCUGCGAUGUUAGGAGUAUGGUUGAAUUUUAAGGAAGCGAUUAUUGAUCCUGAGAUUGACCUAUUCAAGAAGGUUCAUGGAAUUUCUAAGUUCGAGUACUUUGGGAAAGAACCAGAACUAAACCACGUAUUUAACAAAGCAAUGAAUGAUGUAUGCACAACCCAUAUGAAAAAAAUACUUGAAGUAUACACAGGAUAUGAGGGUAUAUCAACUUUGGUUAAUGUAGCAGGUGGAACUGGACAAUGUCUCAAAUUGAUCAUCUCCAAAUACCCUUCAAUUAAGGGAAUUAAUUUUGACCUCCCACAUGUGAUUGAAAAUUCACCACCCAUUCCAGGGGUUGAGCAUAUUGGGGGAAAUAUGUUUGAAGGUGUUCCACAAGGUGAUGCCAUAAUGCUAAAGGCCAUAUGCCAUAAUUGGUCGGAUGAAAAAGCCAUAGAACUUUUAAGCAAUUGUCACAAAGCUUUGCCACCAAACGGGAAGGUCAUUGUUGGGGAUCUCAUAGUGCCAGAAGAUCCAGAACCUACAAAUGAUUGCAAAAUGAUUUCAAUUCUUGAUAACAUCAUGUUUAUUACACCUGGUGGAAGGGAAAGAACUGAGAAACAAUUUGAAAGUUUGGGCAAGCGUUCUGGAUUUUCUAGGUUUCAAGUUGUUUGUCGGGCUUUCUCUACUAUGGCAGUGAUGGAAUUUUACAAAUAAGUAGAUCAUGUCAGAAAUAAUUUGGCAUUUCAAUGAAAUGCACAUUAAUUUUCCCA